AUGAGAAACCAGUACGGUUACCAGGCAAAGCCCGUGCCUGCGACCAGUGCCACCGCCGACGAGCAAAGUGCGAUGGACAACAACCAUGUACACGGGCCUGAGCCUGGAAAGCGAAAACGCGACCGCGAGGCGUCAGAGGUGGUUCGAGUUUGCUCGACGUCGCCGUCUGUGCCCAGCUCCAUCCCAUCCGUCUCCUCCACAACACCAGUAUCCGCGCCGCUGGCUUGGUCAGCCUUAUCGCUUCCGCCGAACCAAACUGGCCUGGACAGCGGCACUGUGUUUUCAUCUAGCGCCGACGACGCGCUCACACAGCUCUUUGGCGACAACAGCGGCUUCGGCUUUGGCUUCGACAUUGGUACCUGGUUCUUACCCCCGCUGAGUCUGGCAGCCCACGGGAUCCCAGACAUUGUGCCACCAUCGAACACGAGUAACAAGCUCCUGGAUGCAACAACGCUCUCGGCAGUCCUCGACCUCGUGCCCACGUUUUACUCGCGCAACGUGUACAUUGUUACACUGCUGCCGUACGCAUACGUUGAUGCGCGAACGCAGCGAGGCGACCAUGACACUGCGCCAGACUUUGCCGCGCUUCUUGUUGCCAUGGCUGCCAACGUGCUGCUUCACGCCGUCGAGGCACGCGAGGCCUUUGAAAGCACGCGAGUGUUCCGCGCACGGGAGCUGCUGGACCUCGCGUGCCGCCUCAAAGGGACGGCAGGUUCCGGUGCCGGUGUUGGCAUCGACGCCGUGCUCAGCAGCUUCCUUCUCUUCCUGUGUUUCUUCGGACUCGGCGACUAUGACGCAGGCUGGUUCCGCCUCCGCGAGUCACUUACACUCGCCGAGUGCAUGGUCACUCAGCAGGAGCGCUUGAUCGGCACACCUGACGAGAUUGAUGCCGAGGAGCGCAUGCGCCGUACCCGCCUGAUAGGGCUACUGACAGUCUGCGAGCGUGCGUACUCGCUCAAGCGGCAUCGACCUUCUACAGAAUGGCGAGACGCGGCGCUCAAGAGGGGAGCAGCGGACCCACAGGCACCCCACGAGCGAGCUGUGCGCGGCCUCUCACUCCUCCUCCGCGUCUUCUCGCUCAUCGACACGCGCGUCAUCAACUGCUGGAAUGCCGGGCCAGGGCAUGAGCCGGGUACGUGUGGUCUCACCCGCGAGGCCGUUGUGCAGCUCCAGCACGACCUGGACGACGUAUUUGGACCAAAUGGCGAGGACGUAACGGCAAACCCCACAGACCCAAGCCGCGCCCUCACCGAGGGCCAGCGAGCCGACCUGCUCAUGAACCAGAAGUGGCUUAAGAACCGCGUCUUUGAGCUCAGUGUCGCCCAUGGCUUUGUCCGAAGCCGAGAGGAACAGGAGGCCCAAGGCGAGGAAGUGGCUUGGGAGCUCUCCCCACUGUAUGCCAUUGCGCUGGGGAACACGACGCUCGCCAUGUACCGGGGCCUCUCGCCUCGCGGAGCAGAGUACAACGGCCUCAUGUGGUGCGAGAAGCUGUGGCACAUUGGCCGUACGAUUGUCGAGAUGGCAGUGCUCGAGCCGUCCAUCCUCGACGCGCCUGUGUCUGGCCCUGAUAUGACUAUGACUGGGCGAGAGACGCUCGCGCAGCUCCUAGCUCAGAUCACACUCUUCCGCGCUGGCCAAAACCCAUACAUUCAGCGGCUGGCCGAUGACAUUGCUAGAGUCAUGUAG